GCUACAGCAAACAGGUCGAGCGCCUCCUGCCGGCUUCCCCUACCCCGUCGUUACAUGCCGAGCGGAAGGCGCCAAAGCAUCGCCGCCGAGUAAGCCCGCGGUCCGAGGCCUGUGCCCUGCCGCCCCGGUCCCGCCGCUCGAAAUCCCUGAUUGUCGGGAUGUUCGUGGCUCGGAGUAUCGCGGCCGACCACAAAGACUUGAUCCACGAUGUUUCCUUCGACUUCCACGGCCGAAGGAUGGCGACCUGCUCCAGUGAUCAGAGCGUGAAGGUGUGGGACAAGGGUGAAACUGGGGAUUGGCACUGCACAGCCAGCUGGAAGACACAUAGUGGGUCAGUGUGGCGAGUGACAUGGGCCCACCCUGAGUUUGGGCAAGUGUUAGCUUCCUGCUCCUUCGAUCGGACAGCAGCUGUGUGGGAGGAGAUAGUGGGAGAAUCGAAUGACAAACUACGGGGACAGAGCCAUUGGGUUAAGAGGACUACACUCGUAGACAGCAGAACCUCAGUGACUGAUGUGAAAUUUGCUCCAAAACACAUGGGUUUGGUUCUGGCCACCUGUUCUGCAGAUGGAGUUGUACGGAUAUAUGAGGCCCCAGAUGUCAUGAAUCUUAGUCAGUGGUCAUUGCAACAUGAGAUAUCGUGCAAAUUAAGUUGCAGCUGUAUUUCCUGGAACCCCUCCAGUUCCCGUUCCCAUCCCCCUAUGAUUGCGGUGGGCAGUGAUGAUAGCAGCACAAAUGUGGGCGGAAAAGUUCAAAUUUACGAAUACAAUGAAAACACCAGGAAAUAUGCAAAAGCAGAAACUCUAAUCACCGUUACUGAUCCUGUGCAUGAUAUUGCAUUUGCUCCAAACCUUGGAAGGUCUUUUCAUAUCCUUGCAGUCGCAAAUAAAGAUGUUCGAAUUUUCACAUUAAAACCUUUGAGAAAAGAAUUAAGUGGUUCGGGAGGGCCAACAAGAUUUGAAAUCCAGACAGUGGCCCAGUUUGAUAACCACAACUCCCAGGUAUGGCGUGUCAGCUGGAACAUCACUGGUACGGUCUUGGCAUCCUCUGGAGAUGAUGGCUGUGUCAGAUUGUGGAAAGCUAACUAUAUGGACAAUUGGAAAUGUACUGGCAUUUUAAAAGGAGAUGGAAGUCCAGUAAAUAAUGCCUUACUCCAGCAGCCAAUGGGUGGUCUUAGUUCUUCAGCAUUUAACAGUGCCACUGCACAGAAUGCGCUGAAUGGAACGUCUUCUGCAGGAAGGUAUUUCUUUCCCCCUUCGGAUCAUGCUCGGGCUGGAUCAAGAUGGUCCAGUUAUGCCCAGCUUCUUCCUCUUCCUCCUCCUCUUCCUCCUAUCGCAGAACAGUCUUGUGAUGCUGAUGCAACUCACCUUCAGUAUCGUAACCCUCACGGUCAAUACUCCUGCAGAACUCUCAAUUCCUUGCCAGAGAAUGAGGGGGUGCGACAAUGCCAACAGGACACAGUACGUCCCAAAACACUGGCCACACUACCCUACAUCAAGAACGUAUCUGAACUGACGAGACUCCUAUGGAAUGAUAUGGAAUCUCCUAUGGCCUCAAGGAAUCAUGGCAGCACACAAACUCACAGCCGCACUGUGACAAACACUCACAAGGACCAAAGACCCCUUUCCCAUGACAUGCAUGACCAACCGGUGGUUCGCACGCCUUACGAUGAAGUCUGUUCCACGUGUGGGGUGUUUGUUUUGGCGGUUAAGCCACCGCGCGCGCCAAUAACGGUCGCCCCAGUUCGAAUUCUAACCGUCCUCAGGCCGAACACGAGGCGAUCAGCUCGGGAGAGACUCGCGCCUUCACACCAAAAUCAUACAACACAGACACGUGACCCUUCGGUUCAAGGAUCCAAUGCUUAUAACAUGGAAAGUGUCAGAAACCUGGAAGAUGAAACAUUUCCAAGCUUUCUGUUGCAGUCGGAGAGGGGCAAUAGCAGUGAAAUGCUGGGAAAUGUCACUGUCUCAUCAAAUUUUGGACUGCCUGUAGCUGCUUCAACAGUUGCUAAAAGUAAAUCUGACUUGGGGAACAGAGCACCAGAUGUUCAAUCUUCAUACUUGGAAGAAGGAAGGUUUUCUACAGUGGAUACACAUUCAUCUAAUGUUUUGAACUCUGAAACCUGUCAAAAGUUUGCACUUAGUUUCAAAGAUGAGUUAGACCAUGUUGAUGACUUUCUUGAGGCUCACUGUAUUCCUGAUGUGAUAGAAAAGCACUUGGAUGAAUUUGGUUCCUUGCUCUCAAAAGUAAAUCUGCAACAUACAUUACCUGGGCAACACAACAAUGCACAAGAGAGUUCUCCUGUGCUGGAUUCAUUGACUGAUAAUGAGAAAGGAAAUAAGGUUGAUGACCCAAAGGACCCUGGAACAUCUCCUGCUACGAAACAAACGGAUGAGGAGUUGGGCAUUAGACGAUACAGUGACAGUCUAGCUAGUUUGUUAGAAGAUGAAAGGCUGUUGUCACUGGCUAGUUUAGAAGACCAGUCCACAGAUGAUGAGUUUGAUCCUGAAGCAUUUGGUGAUGAGAAGCUGGACAUUUAUUUCAAACACUUGGUCGCACCAGGAAUGCAGAGGGGUCAUACUGAAGGACAAGAACUCCCUGAGGUCCAUGCUGCUGUUCAAGUACCCAGUAAUAAUCCAACCAUAUGGCACCAGGAUAAUUUUCAAAUGCCUCCUGUUCGACAAGCAGCUACUGGAAUGGAUUCUGCACCAUCAAGUGGUGCAGAUACAGAAGAUGAGUUGGAGGCUGUCCAACAGAGUACUUCGCAAGGACAAUUAUUGAUCUCUAGUUCAGCAAGGCAGUUGCUUGGAGGGAGCAAUCAUCCCAACUUUAGACCAGGACUGGAAGGUGGUAGUUCCGAUGAGUCUAUUGGACCACUUGAUGAAAUAAAUGAUGUCGGAUUUGAAUUUCGAAGGAGAGCAGAGGGUCAGGUCAUAAACUCACCAGUUGUGGGUGAUGGAGGGGAUGGUAGUAGUGGAAGUGAAGAUGAUAUUGGUGUAUCAGCUCGUCUUUCUAAUUCUACAGUCGGUGCUGAUCGAUGGGGAUGUGAAAUGGUGAACAGAAAUGUGGCUGGCGAAGAAGGUGACCAUGACAGUACAGUGACUACUUCCGCUGAUACUGCAACACUUGAAAAUUUGGGAGGCCUCAGAAUAAUAGGCAGAAAUGUUGCUGGUCAAGAUGAACCACACAUUGUGCCUCCAUCAGGAGGGAAUAGGGAAUUUAUUGCUGCUCAAAAUGAGGCAGCAGAACGGUUAGAUCCUGUAGGCAAUGGAAAAAUCGUCACUGCGGUUCCAGGAAAACCCCUCAAUUUAUCCUCCAGAAAAAGUUCAAUGCGACACCACCAGGAAGCUUCAGAUGUUAUGAAUACCAGCAUAUAUGAUGAACCGAAGCUGGAUUCUGUGUAUUUUCGUCCAGUAAGUGGCAGCGUUACCACAGACGACCAGUUAUUUUCUACAGUCCAAAGCACACCCUUUCGUCUUUCACAAAUUACCUGCACAUCUUCUGGAAAUGACGUCGCGGAUCCAAGAGAUGGACCUUCUGGAGACAUAGUAAUCCACACGGCAACCAGAGGAAGAGGUGAUGUUGAUGAGACCUUAAGUGUUGAUUCAGAUCCACCCCUUGCUGCUGCCUACUUAUCACCUGUGAAUCCAGAUGGAAGUAAAAGUGAGAUGUGGACCGAUUCUUCAAAAAGUUCUCCUUUUUGUAAACACCGGAAAGCUGAUUGCAACUCUGCGUGUUCCCAGUGGGAUAAUGAGAAAGGUGAGAGACGAAGUGUGGUUUACCAAAAUGAAGAAGGAAACUGGGUGACAGAUCUGGCUUAUUAUUAUUCAUUGGACAAAGAACAGAAUCAGUUCAAUCUACCAACUGAUUUAGUCAAUAGUAUUCAAGAAGAAGCAUUCUUAACUGGCAACCAAGCUGUUGCAUUGAUUGAAGAAGAUCAGGAGGAGUUUGAAGAAGAAAACAAGUUCAUUCAGGAUGACAAAAUGGAUGCAACCUUUACUGAAGGAUUGCUUGGAAAUGAUUCCUGGCAGCUUCCAGCUAAUAGCUACUUGAUGUUGAGAGCAUCAAAGGCGGGGUCUGACUUUAUGCAAGGCAGUGAGAGUUAUCUCCGUCUCACUCUUGGAGAAUUCUUUGGUGAGCGAUCAGAGGCUCUUGGAUGUCUUGGAGAACAGAACAGUGGCAUAAAACGGCCUUCAUUUGGAUAUUCCAUAACAUCACCGGAACGGAGAACGCCUGUUGCUUUAUUUGAACCUGAUUUGUCAAAAGACCACAGCAAAACUCCUGAGCUGUGCAAUGACAAUGCACUUCAUUCAGCAGCGCUGAGAUGCCCGGAUCAAGAAACUACAGCAGAAAUUUCAGCUGCAUCUCUAAGUGAUGAGCAAACUGAAAAUGACAAAUUUCAAAUUGACCAGGAAGUAAGUUUAAGAAUUUCCAUGAAUGCAAGUGAGAAUAAACGGUGUUCGAGGUCACCUGUGAAAGCUGAAGAACCUAGAGCGUACAACGGUACAGAUUCUGUUUUAAGUAUAAGUACAAUUGCUUCAGCCAUAGCUGAUGCUUCGGUGAGUGCUGAUCCUGCUCAGUUAGCUGCAAUGAUUUUGGAACUUUCUAAUAAGAACAGGAAGAAAAGUGAGCCUGCAGCUAUAAGCAGAACACCAAAUGUGCAAUUACAGGACCAGAAAAGCAAUAUGAAAGAUUUGGGUGUUACAUUGGACAAGGGUCAUGAAAGAUCUGAGACCAAUGAGAAUGAAGUUCCAAAACCUGAAUUUAAACCAGUGCCAGAAUCUGCUUUUACUUGCUGUUCAGAUUCUGUUGGUUUCUGUGAAAAUUGCAGGAAUUCUCAUAGCAUGUUGAAUUCAUCUUCAGAAAAAUCCUGCUUAAGGAGAACCAGCAAGGAGAAAAAUAAGAAAUUGGUGCUUUCAAAUGAAGAGUUGUGCCAAAUUAAUCCAAUAAGCAACAGUUGCUGUUGCAAAUCAGAAAAUAGUUGUCUGUCAGUCAAAUUAGGUAAGGAUGCAAACAGACCACAUGCUCAAAAUGAAAUUACAGAAACCUGUGCAUUUGAGUCAAAUAGAUUUCCUGAUCCCAAAUGUGGCAGCAGCCAGUUCACUGAUAUAAAGUGGAUGACAGAAGAGGGAUUUGUUAACAACAGAGCUUUUUCAAAUGGAAAUACGACCAGUGACUUGGCAAAUAUAAACCGUACUAUUUCUGUGGUGGAGAAAGAUGAAGAAUCUCCUUCAGCUGUUUCAGAGAAACUUCAUGUCCAGAAGAAAGAGAAUGAAGCUUGCUUGGAUAAAGCGUUUUAUAAAGCAAAGAUUGAAAGAGUGUCUGAGAUGGCACAAAAAAGUGUUGAGAAAAUGUCUUCGGAAACUUGUGAGAGUGUGUUAAGAAUAGUACACAAUGAUUUCAAAGUCCCCGUUUCUCUAGAACCCACUGCUGUUCAUGGUAUGACACUGAAUAAUUCCAGUUUGCAUCGUCCAAAAUUGCAUUCCACUGGAUCAGUGGAGCAAAGAUUUCGGGAUUUGACAAGCAAGGCAAUGGGUGAAGACGAUCGAGAGAUGCAUGUAAUUUCAAAGCUCCAAGAAGGGACAGAUGAACGAAAGAACUCCAAUUUCAACGAUGAGGAAGCAAGUGUCAACUUUCACCAACAUGAUCAGGCACCAGUUGCACCAAAAAACCACACUGCUGAUCAUGGCUGUGCAGCAGACCAACUAAAUUUGAAGCCCUUGACUCAUUCGUCACCAGGCCAAGUAUCAGAUUUCCAAACGUCCACAAGCAGUUCCUCCUCAUUGACACACUCCAAUGCAAACCUUACCAGAUUGAGCUAUAUAUCUGGUAUUGAUGCAACACUACAAAACAGCACUGCCAUUGGAAGUCCAGUGAAUUCCAAGAAUGACCAAACCAUUGAGCUAAGCACAACAAUUAUUCAAUCAAGUCCCACACCAACACCAGAUCAAACUCUAAUUAAUUCAAGUGAUUUGAUCUUUUCAAGCUCACUGGAAGGACAUAAAACAAAUUAUGAGCACGGAAGAUUGGGUUGUGAUAAACAGCCAAGUGAUCAGGCCAGAAGUCCUGAGAAUCAGGUUGAAAAAGCAUGUGUUUCACAAACAGCUGAUAACCUAUCUUCUCCACAAUCUGAGAAAGCAAAGACUCAACCAAGUAAGCAGCGGUUGGAUGUUUUCCUUUCAGCAUCAGGCCAGCCAAUGGCAUAUGAAAAUCCAUCUGUACCACAAAAAGCUGAUAAUGUUUGUGCAUCUGGGCAGGACAAGAUUCACAGAGUACGUUGUGUAGAAUCAGUGAAUGCUCCCUCUGCAGCCAGUAGUGGAUUAAGUGUUCUCCCACCAUUAAAUUCUGAUUAUAGAUGUAUACCGAUUUCGAGUUUUAAACUUCCAGCAACGUCUUCAGAUGUGCCCAUGGCAGCCCCAGCAUUACUUACUGGGCAUUCAUUGUUAACAACUCCAUUGGCGCAACAGUAUCUGGGAACGCUGACUUCUACUGCCAAUUGCUUAAAUGUGCCUUUGACCUCAUGCUAUUUGGGCAAUACUUUGUCAUCGAAUUUGCAUAGCCUUGCAGCUGGUUUACCUGGUGCUCAUGUGCUCAUGGAGAAUAUUCAUCCACUUGAUCCUAAAUUAGGGACAAGAAUGCUUAACUCAGCGCAGUUUUACAGUGCGCACGCUGUACCCUUGGAUUCUAAUUUUAUAACACAGCCUGUUGGUUACCAACCAUCUAGAAUAAGCAUGUUUGAUCAGUGGCCAGGUGGACUUCAGCUGAAAGAUAUUGGUCAAGUGCUGGUCCCAGAGGAAUUGAAGUUUCCGAACUCCUGUUGUGUUGGAAUAGCAUCGCAAACAUCUCUCAGCAUGUUUAAUCCAACUGAACGAUGGAUGCAAGUCUCUCUACGAAUUGUUAGUGUUUCGGUGAAUGGAGAGAAGAUGGACGCAUUUGCUCACCACUGUUGGAUAUUCAAGAACAAAACCAUCAUUGGCCCCCAUGUUACUGAAGAUUUGAAAUUGAUGUUCCUUCCACGUCACUCAGGAAUUUUUCAGUGCGUCAUUUGUGUCUCCUCCUAUCCUGUCUCGUCAGACGCCAAUACAGUUGUCAGAGCCGAAGCACUUGCUGUGAGAGUGGUUAUUACAGCUGUGGCAGAAGAUCCAUUGAUUGAGGUUUUAGCAGGGAAAAACAAAAGCUUGGAUUUUGGUGAUUUGGUACCUGGCAGUGACAAAGCACUCUCUCUUAAACUAAUCAACAGGACUCAUUCCACUGUUCCCAUUCGACUUGUCAUCAGUGCAAAUGCUGCUGCAUGGAGAUGUUUUACAUUUUCCAAGCCUGAUGCAUUAGCAGAAACUGCACUGAGGACUGAAAGCACCUCUCCAUUGGUGGCCCCAUCGGUCAUGAAUCACGUGAUGCAAGCCAGCUAUGAAGGAGAGGAUCCUGAAAAUUUUAUUUUGUGGGUUCAUUUUCAUGCUCCGCAAAAAUACAUCAGCAAUACAGGCCCUUUAGGUGUAGCUGAAGACUACUUUGCAAGAGUUGACAUAGAGGUUGACACACCUGGCCCCUGUACUGUUAUUAACAGCGUACCACUCUGCGCAAGAGUUGGAAUUGCCAGAAUACAUGCUCCUAAAGACCUACAGACACUCAUAAUGUGUGCUCAGCCUGGAAUGACAUCUAGGCAAAUUCUACCUCUCAAAAAUGCAGGAAAUAUUGAUGCACAACUCAAGAUUCAGACUGCAGAAUCCUAUUUUUUGGCAAAGCCAGAAAAUCUUUUAAUUCGACCUGGAGAAGAACUGGAAGUUGCGGUUUCAUUUAAUCCUCCAGUGGACACCCAAAGCACAAUACAAAGCCAUUUGACGAUCCUCGUCCAGCCUUUUGGUCCUCAGUAUGAAGUUGCUUUAAAAGGAUUGCUUGGGAAACCCGAAUCAGUCCAGUCUAUCACUUCAUCUUCAAAUUCCUCAGUCGGUGUACCACCAAUUCUAUCCAACAAGCAAUUUGUGUCAUGGGGCGGAGUUUCUCUAGGAAGGGCUGUUCAACAGAAGUUAAUUCUCAGAAAUAAUUCUUCAUCUAUUGCACAACAGUUACGACUGUUGAUCAAAGGUCAAGAUCAAGACUGCUUUCAGUUACAGAGCUCUUUUGGCCCUGAAGAAAGACUAAGUAGUAGUCGUGAGUUGAUGGUUUGCCCGAAAGAAGAUGUCUGUGUUCAUCUUUUGUUUGCACCUACACGGGUCACUUCCAUGUUGGCAAGGCUUGAAAUUAAGCAAUCUGGAAUACGUUCAGGUCAACCAGGAGUAAAAUUCACUAUUCCACUUUCAGGCUAUGGAGGAACAAGUAACAUUAUAUUGGAAGAUGUUGAUAAACAAUCAGAUGGUUAUGCGGUGAAUUUGAGUGGUAUCACACCUGAUAAAGUGACCAAAAUAACUUUCUGCGUGAGAAAUACAGGCUCUCGGGCUGCUUACGUUAAGGCAGCUUGUUUCUCAGAUUUGCAAAUGACAACUUUUAUGACCACCGAUGUUAUACAGGUUUCUCCAGCACAAUUUGUUGUCAAGGAACGGACUCAAGAGAUAAUUACUGUGACUUGUCACUCCACUCUAAGAGAAUAUCUUCACUGUAAAAUGGAUUCAGCAUUUCUUUGUAGAGUUUGUUUCUUUUGGGGAGAUGAGAUGGCACGACAGCAGCUAAGAAGGGCUCUUACCCGGAAUCAUCGUGCCCACGAUCAGAUAGUUUGCGGUAAUAGUCCACUCAGAAAGAUUAAUUUCAAUCAAAUGUUUCCUGGUGAAGAGUUGGUGUCAGAAGUCUAUGAUAUCCCAAAGAGAACAAAUGACAUAAAGAUUUUUUAUGGAAACCUGAAUAAGGUGAUGCUCUCUGUUACUGGAAGCUCUACAACUGAAAUCACUCAUACAGAAGCUUUGGAUUCAUUUUCAUUGUCUGAUAGUAUGAGCGUUGAAUCAGAAAGUGUACACGGAAGCUCAGAAAGGAAUCCAUCAAAUGCAUCAUUAGAUGUACUUCCAGUGAGAGGCCCACAAGGUUCUCCAUUAUCUUUGAAUGCUUCUAAUCAAAUGCUGAAGCAGUCACCUAAACAAAAAUCAUCAUGGACUAUUCGGCCUGAAUAUUUAAUUCUUACUGUGCCAUCAGCUGAUGGAUCAGCGCAGACUGGACGUGUACAGAUUAUAAAUCAUUCCCCUAGGUCUUUGGCUUUUGAGUUGUCUUGGCCAGCACACUCGUUAACAGUAACACCCCAACAUGGAGUUGUUGAUCCAGAGAGCCAUUUAUUAAUUCUUGUGAGUCCAAAUCCUUCUUUCAUUGCUAAACCUUCUGCUGUACCAUGGAGUGGAAAGAUCUAUGUGCAAUGUGACAACAUACAGCAGUUAAUUAAAGUACAAAUCCGUGAAGAUGUUAUAAUGGACACUUCGGCAUCUGUGUUAAGCCCAUCUGCUGUGCUAGAUAUAGAACCUUGGACCCCUAACCUUAAUUUGGCAAAGCCUCUGUUAAUAUCUCCUCCUACCAAACUAAAGAUCAAGAACAGAACUGUGCACUUUCCCUCAACAUCAGCUGGGUCUACUUCAGAGUCAUUAUUGGAAAUUGAAAAUGGUGGGGAAGAAACUGUGCAGUGGUUUUUAUCUUCAUUUGCACCACCAUAUGUAAAGUGGGUGGAUGAGAGUGGAGACAUUUACAGAGCGACCUAUACAGUUUUUAGGUGCUGUAGAUUGUCUGGAACACUGCAGGCACUUACUAAAGAGAAGUUGCCAAUUAUGUUUAUGCCUCGAGAUAAAGGUGACUAUUCUCAGUUCUGGGAUUUGGAAUGUCGUCUGGCUGCUGAACCACACAGGAAACACAAAAUUCAGUUUCAGCUUCGUGGAGUGGGGACAAAAGCUAAGGAGAGCUCCAAGAAAACUGAUUCAUCCACAAAACUGGUGAAAACUGAAACAGCAAUGAAAACAAGGAAAUCUAUAUCAGAAAGAUUGGCCAGAAAAGGACAAGAACAGCCACCUUUCAAAGGUGUGUUUGCUCCUGAGGAUCUGUACUCGUUUCCAGCAACACCUGUUGGAGAAUCAAGCACGUUAAAGAUUAAUUUGCGCAAUAGUUCAUCUGUUGCACACAUGCUGAAGUUUGUAAAUCCCAGGGAGCCAUUUUAUAUCAAGCAUUCCAAUUAUUCAUUGCGUGCUCAACACUACAUCAAUCUACCUGUCCGGUUCAAACCAGAGUCAGAGGGCAGAUUCGAGGCACUGCUCGUGAUACAAACAGAUACAUGUGGAAGUCUCCCUAUUCAACUUAUUGGUGAAGCCAUUAGAAAAGAGUAAAUGAAAGUUAAUUUUGUUAAAUUAAUUGUCUAGUUGUACUUUAAGAUCUGUCUCCAGGAGGGGAAAGUUCCACAGCAAACAGUGUUAUGUAGAAUUGUACAGUAAUAAAUGGAAAAUGUACCUUUCAUGUACAAAUUUGCAAAUUGUACAUUUUAUAAAUGAAGAUAUUUAUGCACUGCUGCCACUUAACAUCAGCAUAUUGACUUUCAGAAAGCGGGAAAGUAUAUUAGUAUAUAUUUGUAGUAUACAAAAUAACAAUGCCAGUUUACUAUGGGAAGGAGCUGUAAAAGCUUGUCUUUGCCUUCAUUAUUGUAUAACUUGAAAUAUUUUGCACAAGCUUUAUUUUUGUGGCUAUUUUGUGUACAUUUGAAAUAGUUUUUACACUGUGUAUAUUUGAAAUAAAGUUAGU